GAAGCAGAAAGCAAAUUGGAGAAAAGGGUAAUGUUGUAUACCGUCACGGUGGGCUUCUGACCAUUCUGACGUGCAAUUUCCCUUUUUUUUCUUUUUCUUACCCAUUUAAUUAUUCUCGUAUAUUAAACAUGCGAUCCACAUGCGAGAGGGAAAGGAAAUACAUGUUGUCUCCGUUAGAAAGUUGGGAAGUCGUGAAGGACUUUUGACGCCGUCGGCAUGGAAAUAUGCCAGAAGAACCCAAAAAAAGAAAAAGAGAGAGUAAAAAUUAUACCGCCGUCAGCGCCGUGCGUUGAACUUUCAGACGGUUGGAAAGAAAAGUAUCAUUGAUUGAUUACAAAUCACAAGCACAAGCGUUGCAGCAACUCAGGUAAUCGGAUCAUGCAAUUCAUCGAGGUAGAAAAAGCCUCCUGUCUCCGUCGACUUAAAAGGCCGAAAGUCUUAUUUCAAUGGUGUAGAAAAAGAUCCUGUCUCCUUCAACUUUAAAAAAAAAAAAAAGACCGAGAGUCUUAUAUCCUUCCAAUUUAAUACUCAGCACUUUGAAGUUUGAACCUUGCUCACAUUUCUCUGUAUUUAUCUCCCCGAAUUGAUCGACACAGAAGCCUCCCAUGUCCCCAGAAACUGAUGAAAUAAACCAAAUAAACAUCUCCAAACAGAAAAAGAAAUGACACUCCAAAUCCAAAGCCUAAUACUACUACAAUUACUCUCCAUCCUCCUCUUCCUUCCCACCAUUUUAUUAGCAGUGACCACAAUCUCUCCAGGUUCAACCCUUUAUGCUUCCAACACAAGCCAAAUCUGGUCCUCCCCAAACAACAACUUCUCCCUCGGCUUCAUAACCCUCAACCCCCCCAACUCCCCUCCUUCCCUCCUGGCUGCCAUUGUCUACUCUGGAGGCAUCCCGAUCUGGUCUGCUGGUACCACCCCCGUUGACUCCGCUGCCUACCUUCAGUUCCAUCCCACUGCAGGCGACCUCCGGCUCGUCAACGGCUCUGGCCAUACCAUCUGGAACUCCUCCACCGUUGGCCUCGGUGUCUCCUCUGCCUCCCUCGACGACCAUGGCAACCUUGUCCUCAUGAGGAAUGGAACCUCGCCGGUCUGGUCUUCAUUUGACCACCCUACCGACACAAUCGUGCCGUGGCAGAAUUUUUCUACUCGUAACUCUUUGCGAAAUGGGUUGUUCUCAUUUGGUCUUCUUGAAUAUGGUAAUAUUACGCUUAAGUGGAAUGAUACUACUGUGUAUUGGAGUCGAGGUUUGCGUUCCUCACAUGGAGAAAAUUUAACUUCCCCGAGUUUGGGAUUACUGUCUAAUGGAACAUUGUCGGUUUUCGAUCGCUCAAUUCCUGGCAGGGCUAUAAUGGCUUAUAGUAAUGACCAUGAUGAGGGCAGUGAUAUGCUAAGGCUUUUGAGGUUAGAUAAUGAUGGGAACUUGAGAAUUUAUAGUACUGCUCGAGGAAGUGGGACUCUAACAGUGAGAUGGGUAGCUGUCGAGGAUCAAUGUAGAGUUUUUGGGUACUGUGGGGAUAUGGGUAUAUGCAGUUAUAAUGGUACGAACCCAAUUUGCGGUUGUCCAUCUGAGAAUUUCGAGCAGGUUGAUCCAAAUGAUAGCAGGAAAGGGUGUCAGAGAAAGCUGAAGACUGAAGAUUGUCCCGGGAAUCUGACCAUGCUGGUUAUGGAGCAUACCCUGUUCUUAACAUACCCACCUCAAAGCAUAUUUGCUGUCGAAGGUUCUGAAGUUUUUUUUGUGGCCAUAUCCUCCUGUAAAUCGAGUUGCCUUGUCAAUUCUAUUUGCGAUGCUUCGACAAUAUUGUCGGAUGGGACGGGGAAUUGUUACUAUAAGAUACCAGGUUUUAUGACUGGGUACUAUAAUCCGGCGCUCCCUAGCACUUCCUAUGUCAAGGUUUGCUCGCCAGCGGUUCAGAACCCAUUGCCUUAUGUACAGAAGGCUGUCAGGCAGGGCGACGGUCGGGGAAUGCAUGCUCGGGCAGUGGCUGCUGUGGUUCUGGGUUCCGUCUUAGGUUGGCUUGCCUUGGUGCAUACAUUGUGGUGGUGGUGGAGCAGUACCAAAUUUGGGCGAUUGUCAGGUAAACAUGCUCUUCUCGAGUAUGCAUCUUGUGCUCCUACCCAGUUCUCGUACAGGGAACUCCAGCGCUCGACCAAGGGGUUCACGGAGAAGCUUGGAAGUGGAGGAUUUGGAGCUGUGUACAGAGGAACUCUUGCUAACGGAACGGUGGUUGCGGUAAAGCGACUUGAGGAAAUGGAGCAGCAGGGAGAGAGACAAUUUAGGAUGCAAGUUGCAACAAUAGGUAGCACCCAUCAUCUAAAUUUGGUGAGAUUGAUUGGUUUUUGCUGUGAAGGGCGCCACAGGCUUUUAGUAUACGAGUUCAUGCAGAACAAGUCUCUGGAUAUUUUCCUUUUCCAAACUGAGGAUGAGUUGGGAAGAAAAUUGUUGAGUUGGGAGUCUCGAUUCAACAUUGCUCUUGGUACUGCGAGGGGAAUCACAUACCUUCACGAUGAGUGUCGGGAUUGCACUGUCCAUUGUGAUAUAAAACCAGAAAACAUUCUCUUGGAUGAGAACUAUACUGCAAAAGUCUCAGACUUUGGUCUUGCAAAGCUAGCCCAUAUGCAUGGAACCAUGACAAGCGUCGUAUGCAGUCGAGGAUACUUGGCACCAGAAUGGCUGGCAAAUCUUCCAUUAACAACAAAAUCCGAUGUUUAUAGUUUUGGCAUGGUUUUGUUGGAGAUAGUGAGUGGGAGAAGGAACUUUGAAGUAUCUGCAGAAACGAAUGGGAGAAGGUUCUCCUGGUGGGCUUAUGACGAAUUUGAGAAGGGUAACGUGAAGGUAAUUUUGGAUAGAAGGUUGCUGGGUAACAAUCACCAUGAAAUGGAGGUGGAUAUGGAGGAAGUGGUGAGGGCAAUUCAAGUGAGUUUUUUGUGCAUACAGGAGCAACCUUCGAGGAGGCCAAGGAUAGGGCAAGUGGUACAGAUGCUACAAGGGAUUACGAGGAUUGAUUGGCCGCCUGUCCACUAGGCUAUGAACAUCGCAUAGUGUGAGCAGCACUAGCAAUCUCAGCGCUCUGUCUCUAUGAACUCUUAAUUUGAAGAAUUAUGUGUUAUAGUUGUUAUGAGAGGACCAUCACUGAGAACCAAGAGAGAAAAUAAGACAGGAAGAAAGACGGAUGUCCAGAAUUGUUUUCAUUGAUUGAGAACAAAAGAUGAAGAUUCUUGCAAAAGCAAUCGAAAAUAAAUUGCUAAAAUCUCACAAAGCCUGAGCUGAAAAACUUAUAGCUAGCUAGGUUCGUAAACUAGCAUAUAUAAAUAAGCUCUUCUGCUAAAACUGCGUGCUAAACAUUGCCAUGCUAACGUAAUUGUAUAGCAGCAACACCUCAAAGCUAGCUUCCUGGUUCAAGAAACUGGACAUGCAACAAAAAGAAGAGGAGGGAUAGUCCCUCUGCUAUUUCGGCAUUCAUGGCUUCGGAUGGAUGUAACCUGCUAGCUAUCAAUUUACGUACGCGCACACACCCCUAUGAUUAGUCAUGCUUUAUACGUUAAAGAAAUUAAUUCCAUGAAUCAUCCGAAUGAAGUCUUCGAUUGGAAUCGUUUUUUUUUUUUUUGAAACAGAAGCCACUUCUGUAUUACCUCAAAUCAGAAACAUUACAGCAUUUUUCCUGUAUUACAAUCGGAAGAAUUCCUUCCGGCCCCCCUUCUAUCCAUAUACACUCAUUUU